GCAUCAACUUUGAGGCUCGAGCAUAUAUGCAAUAGAAGCUCCCGCUCAAUGGAUGCCACACCAGGAAGCAAUUUCAUAUGGCUCUGUCAACCAUUAGUCACGGCUAUGCUCCGGCGGAUACUACCAGCGGCGGUGAUGAUUCACCGAUUUACCAACUUCUCCUCGACCGUUGCCGGAGCUUGGAGACAAGUUACGCCAACCUCCAAGAGCAAUUCCACAUGCUUGAGCAAGAACAUGCAUCAUCUUAUAAUCAUGGAAGUUUACUUCAGAAAGAAGUGAUUCCUUCACGAUCCGGUAUGUCGCCAUUCUCAGGCUGGAGUAAUGUCCCAGAUGCUUUACCCGUGGGUUUUUCGUACAAGAGAGCGUUGGAUCAGUUAGGUCACGCUGUUUACGUGAGCAAAGCUAUCAGUCGAACGAUCAUUUACUGGAAUCGUUCUGCUGAGAAACUGUUUGGCUACGAGGACUAUGAGGCGCUUGGGCAAACAGUCACAGACUUACUUAUUUAUGAUGAGUUUCAAACAUCUUCAGAGAAGAUCUUGGAAAGGGUGAGGUCUGGUCAAAGUUGGGCAGGUCAAUUUCCUUUCAGGAAGAGAUCGGGUGUGACAUUCAUGGCUUUAGUAAACAAGAGUCCAUUAUAUGAAGAUGGUGAGCUUGUUGGUAUUGUUACAGUUGCUAGUGAUGCAACUAUUUUCAAUAAAAUAAAAUCAGAAAACCCAAGAACAUAUGAGGAGGAUCCUACUAAUGGCCAAAAUAGAACAACAAAAGGGUUAAACUUCAAGAAACUUCAAUGGCAUCCACCACAGCAGUUAUCAUCUUUUGUCUCCAAUCUGACCUCGAAAGAUAUCUUGCGAAAAGGUGGAGGGCAAAAUCGUCAUACACGGGAUUCAUCUGUGGACAUGGAUGGGAACAUCCCAGACUUAGAGAAACCUCCAAAAGCACCUCCCACGAAGCGUGGUUUUGGUUUUAGCCUCUUUAAGAAAACCACUGGUGCUGAAAUUGGAGAGGAUGAAUUUUCUGAACCAAAUAACUAUGCAGCAAAAAUGUUUUCAAAGUUGAACAUUCAAAGAACUUCAAACAUACAACAAGAAGGUUCAAAUGAUGGCUCAGAAAGCCAUAAUGCAGUGAACAUGUCAAGUUUUCAACAAAGAUCAACAACUACAGCUCCCUGCAACACAUCUUUUGUUGCAGAAUAUGAAGAAGAUGGAUUUUCUUAUGAGCAAAAUGGAGGUUUUGAGGAGGCAAAACCAGUUCAUCAGUUGAAUAUUUCAUCUUUCAGAAAAGAAUUGGAGGUUGAAAAUGAUCUUAACUUUGUAGAUGAUUGUGAAAUCAGAUGGGAAGAUCUUAUUUUCAAGGAAGAAAUUGGACAUGGAUCAUUUGCAAGGGUAUACCGUGGAAUCUGGAAUGGAUCAGAUGUUGCAGUUAAAGUAUAUUUUGGUAAUCAAUAUAGUGAGAAGGCUUUGCAGGACUACAAUAAAGAGAUUGAUAUAAUGAAGAGACUCCGUCAUCCAAAUGUGUUACUUUUUAUGGGAUCUGUGUGUUCACAAGAUAAACUUGCCAUGGUCACAGAGUUACUACCCAGGGGAAGCCUUUUUAAUGUUCUACACAAUAGUGGUAACUCUUUAGAUAUUAGACGACGUUUAAGGAUGGCUGCUGAUGUCGCAAGAGGUAUGAACUAUUUGCACCAUAGAAAUCCUCCAAUUGUACACAGAGACCUCAAGUCUUCAAAUCUUCUUGUUGACAAGAACUGGUCUGUGAAGGUUGGAGAUUUUGGCUUGUCAAAGUUAAAACAUGCAACCUUUUUAACCGCUAGAUCAGGGAGAGGCACUCCUCAAUGGAUGGCACCCGAAGUUCUUCGAAACGAACCUUCAAACGAAAAAUCCGACGUGUUUAGUUUUGGAAUCAUACUCUGGGAAUUAGUCACACAAUGCAUCCCUUGGAGCAAUAUGAAUCCCCUACAGGUUGUUGGAGUUGUGGGGUUCAUGGACAGGCGGUUGGACUUACCAGAGAAUCUAGACCCAUCUCUCUCCUCUAUUAUCCAAGAUUGUUGGCAAAGCAAUCCGGAGCUUCGUCCAUCUUUUGAGGACAUUAUGCAUAGACUCCCGGGUCUAAUCCAAAAUCUUAACUAAACGAAGAAGGGGAAAUUGGGGAAAGAUCUUCAUCAAUGCGUUGUAAUUUUUUUUUUUCGGGGGUUAAUUUAGGAAUUUCAAGAGAGUUUUUGUCGUUUUUACUUUAUAUAAAUAUGACACACAUGUAACAUUUAUACGUAUAAUAUUACAAUUUUCAAACUGUUCG